ACUAAUGCUUGCUGCUCUUGCUUAUGAAUAUUACAACAAGGGUUCACACAGGAGUGUGUGUGUGUGUGUGUGUGUGUGUACAGUUUGUGUGGUGGUGUGUGUGGAGGGGAGGGCGCAUUAGAAUAAACUCAAGAUCAUUUUCCUGGGUGGCCUGAGUGCUUCAUUGUCCUGGUUAAAGUUACAAUCCUGUAGGAAAAUCAGCUAUAUUUAUCAUUUCAGAUAUUAAGAUGAGCGCAGACACGGUGGAGCAGUCGGAGGCUCAAGCUGAACAGGCAGAGCAAAACGGGAUCGACUUCAAUCGACAGAUAAAGACAGAAGAUAUCCACGACUCGCCUCACUCAGCCUCCACGCUGAAGACAUGUCACCUGACGCAGAGCUCUCCGAUGCACGGAGGUCAGCUGACUGGGGUGAGACACUCAACGGCUCUGGAGCUCACCUCUCUCCACACCAUGCAGCAGCUGGUUCUGAUGCCACCGUCUCACCUGUCCUCUCCGUCCCCCUUCCUGCUCUCCCAGAGUCCCAGCAGCCACCAAGCCCUUCUGCAGCAGAACCUGCUGUCUCUUCCCAGCCAGAGUCAAACGAGUCUCCUUCAGCAUCAACCUGGACUGGCUCUGACUCCACAGUUUUUCUCCGAUGUUCCUCUGAUUCAGGCUAUGAGUCGCUCCGGUCUGGCGGGACCGUCGAUGGAGAACCACAUGGACAUGUCCCACCUGCAGAUGCCCAAACACAUGUCAGUCCCCCCGCAGGAAGAAGCCAGUGAUCUGGAGGAACUGGAGCAGUUUGCUAAAGCGUUCAAACAAAGACGCAUCAAACUGGGCUUCACGCAGGGAGACGUUGGCCUUGCGAUGGGAAAACUGUACGGGAACGAUUUCAGCCAGACCACGAUCUCUCGCUUCGAGGCUCUCAACCUCAGCUUCAAGAACAUGUGCAAGCUCAAACCUCUGCUGGAGAAAUGGCUGAGUGACGCAGAAAACUCACCUUCUGACCCGAUGAGCAACCCUACCUCUCUGCCGCCUCUGAUUGAGGGCUACGGACGCAAACGGAAAAAGAGGACGAGCAUCGAAACGAACAUCAAGAUGACUCUGGAGAAACGUUUCCACGAUAACCCCAAGCCCAACUCUGAGGAGAUAACCCAGAUCUCAGAGCAGCUGUCCAUGGAGAAGGAGGUGGUUCGAGUUUGGUUCUGUAAUCGGCGUCAGAAGGAGAAGAGGAUCUACUGCCCGGUGUCAAAUUUAUCCGUCAAAUCGCACAGCUACAACUCCAGAAUGGCGUCAGCAUCUAGAUCCUACAGCCCUCUGGCUUCAGGCGGAGUUUCAUCAAAUUCCUCUCCGAACAGCGUAAGCCGUGAAGCUUCUCCCAACAGUCUGUCAGCUGUCUCCGCCUCUUUAACGUCUCAGGUCAACCAGGCUUCCUACAGCACACCAGGGUCCUGGUACCGCGCAUGGAACCCGACUGCAUAUCAUCACUGAGAAACACGAACUCGUAUCGUACGAAGCUUGUGAAGAUUGUUUUUGUUUGACACUGAAGACGUGACGCAGUAACACAAUACGAGACUAUAAAACCUUAGACGGACCCAUAAGACAAAGCAAGCAGCACGAGCAGAGGACCGGAGUCCCGGCGGCCUCCAGCUGUUUGAUUUGUGUGCGUGUGACUCUUUACUCUCGAAGAACACAGAAAAAUACACACACGAAAAAAAAACAACCAAAAAAAGCACAGGUGGGAUUGUAAGCCGAUACGUUUGUGGCUGUCAAGACUCAAUUAACCUUUUUGAAUGUUGAAGGAUUCACUAAGAGUGUGAGCCGAGAUGUUCUUUACGCCAUCUUCACACGGGGGGCUGCGACUAUCUCAGCUGUUGCUGUUUUAUUAUAUGUUUCUAUGUUCAUAUUAUAGUUUGUGUUUGUGUUGCCCAAUUUGACGCAAUCCUAACAUUGCGUACUGCUAGCCUGUCUAUAUGAAUACCAGUUUAAAAAAAAAGUUUGGACACACUUUCCCAUUCACUUCAAUGCGACAGCGCGUCCAACAGUUUGCACACUCACGAUGCUGAUGAAGCAGACUAGCUUUUGGUUGUUGUUGAUUUUUUUUUUUUCAUGUUAAACUUACUAAAUAAUAACUAAGGAUGUGUUUUUUUUCUGAACUUAAACUUUGAUUGUUGCUUAUUUAGUCAAUAAUUUAUAGAAAUACUUAGAUAGACCUAAUUUUCUGAAGCUCAAAACAAACAUUUAAUGAUCCAGGAAGCAGUUUGCCACUAAAGUCUAAACUGUUAAUAGCUCUUCUGAAUGGCUGCAGACGACUGCCUCCCAGACCUCUCUCCAAGAAUAACUUUUGUAUGACUUUAUAGUUUCGGUGUGAGGAAUUGUAAAAAUAUGCAAACAUUUUGGUGCAAACUUUUGGACAGUCUCUCCUCGAAGGCAAUCGUGUGACGUUUGUUUGUACACACAGAAAGUGGGUUUAUGCCCCGUUCACACAUACAAACACUAGAGGAACCUGCAACCUGGAGGUCCAACCUUCUCCAUUCUUAAAGGUCCAGUGUGUAGCUACUUUAAAAAUACCUUGGCAAAGUCUGUUGGGGAAAAAACAGCGGGACAACCAGGCGAUUAAAUACGAGUUAACUACAAGAUUCAAGCUCCGUAAUUCCCUCAUAGUCCAACAUCUAGUUAGCUAGUUAACCUAUUUACCGGCAUAGUAAAUGGCAUCAAAACAGAAAGAAAGUGGUAAAACAGCCCAAAGGAAAAUGUUUCUCGCAAUACAUUUAAGAUCUAUAGUCAGAAAAGUAAUAUAAUAUUCAUAGAUAUGUUUUCAUUAGUGUAUAAUCACCUGAAAGUAGGAAUUGUUGUGUUUUUGUUACCUUAGAAUGAGUUUAUUAUCUACAGAGGGCGCAGGUCCUCUUUUAGGACCGCCAUAUUUCUACAGUAGCCCAGAACUAUUUUUAUUUUCUCCUACACGCUUGGAAGGCUGAGCUGUAUUCAAAUGGUUGCAAUCUGCAACUAGACCACUAGAUGCCACUAAAGCCCCUUAUGUGCUGAAUCUUGACACAACCAAUCACGCUUGUUUUGAUGCCCCGAAGACACAAAAGCAGUUUUCCAACUCAGCCAGGUAAAAGCACUUAAAAAAGGGGUAAAUCCAUUCGACGGCUACUUUAAUUAGUCAUUAUACAACUUUUACAAGCUGCUUUAAUAAGAAAAACAAUGUGUGAAAAUAACUGUGUUUUAAUGGUAAACACACUCACAAGCUUCAUGCUGGAGGAAACCUGCGUACGUGUCUGUAUGUGUGAACGCUGUAAAGUUCAAACCCUGACCACCUUCACACACCUGCAGUGUGUUUGAUGUCAGGUUUGAUGUCUGGUUAAAGGGGCUGGUGAUAUUGUGUAAUUUUGUCAACAAAUUCCACGAAAAGACCAAAACCAAUGAAGAAUAUUUAGUUUGAGGAUUUCUCUUUGUGCUCAUCUGUCCUCAUAGACAAGCCAAUGAGUUGAUAUCAAUCCCGAAACCAGAUCAUUCAGACAGGAGUUCCAGUCCAAGCUCAGAACAGUUUAAACUUUUUUGUUUGUCUGAUAAAAGAAGAUCAUCUAAAACAAAACAUUUGGCGUGAUGAGGCGUCUGCAUGAGCGCAGCGAGCUUCUUUGUUCUCAGAGUUUGCCACAGGUGAGCCAAUAAAGACACUCUUUAGUCUCUGGCCACUGCAGGAAGCAGGCAGGUAGAGGAGUGCAAGCGUAGGAGGGGAUUUUCCCACAACGACCAACCGCCAUGUUUCCAUCCAGAUGUGUCGCAAAUUUUAGUUGAAUUUCAAGUAAUUCGACAAAGGAAAAUACAGGGAAAUCAUCGGGAUAAGCCAAGUCAAGGCAAUAUUUGGAGAAACUUUCAUUAUUACAGUUACAGAAACCCGUUUCCCGUCACACUGGCAGAAAUGGGUUUCCAUAAAAUGUUCACAACAUCAGAACUUACUCAGAAAGUGUUUCCAUCUCACAUUAAGAGCCUUUACUCCUUUACCAAAAAGGCAACAACCACCUCAAGCAACUUCCAUCCACCUUUUCUAACACGAUACUUCAAAAUGUACUUCAAACAACGUUGACCCUCAGUUCUCUUUCGCUACCAUGUCUGUGUCCAUCGGCUCCUUCUCACAAUGUAAAUCUUCAUAGUUUCACUUUAAAAAGGGCUCAGUAAUUUCCUUAAAACAGCUGGGCGCUGCACUUUUUAGCAAACACAUCUCAAACAGGGGUAAACUUUGAAUUUGUUAGGGACUAUUUUCAGCAGCGGAUUAACACACAUUUGGUGCUUUAGAGUAUUUCCAGCAGCAGGGACGAUGUAUGUGUGAUUAGAGCUAGUAGAAUCGAUUCAUUUGUUUUGGUGUUUUUCUUCAGAUUUGUUGACAAAAAUACAGAAUCUGAGACUUUUCCUCCAAGUGGAUGAGAGAAGCUGCUGCUGGUCCGAUCCAGAGCUUCAGCUGGAGACUUGUUGUUGGGGCUUCUGUUUACUUUCCCUUGUUUCCUGCUGCAGGUUGUCGUUGUGUAAAACUGCCUUUCAGACCUCAGGUGGAGGUCUGACUACUCCUGUUUGUUUGGUUGUUUAGUGACCUUUGAGUGUUUAUCUGAUUUUAUUUUAAACAAACAUUUUGCAGUGGUACGAAACUCACCCAUUAAAUAAAACCAACCACUAUAAUCCUUUAGUUAUAAUGUUAUAUAAUGUUACAGCGGGCACUUUUUAAAAUGAAACAGUGCCGUAUGAUCCUCUGAGUCUCAGGGAAUCAGUUGUCUUUACCUUAUUAACUUGUAUUUACUGCAAUUAAACAGAGGAUGUGUUUCAUGA